AUGGGGGAUAUACCAUUGAUACCUCCACGAACACCAUUUCUUGUUCAGACACACACAAACACACAGUUGAGAUCUUCAUACAACAGAUUCAAGUUCAAUUUCACGAUUAACAAAGAAACUGCAGGUAUGUCAUCAGACGAUAAACCAGAGAUAAUCGAACGAGGUGCUAAGAAGAAUGAAAAAGAAGAAGGCGAAGAGAAUUCUGGAUUCCUAGACAAAGUAAAGGAAUUCAUCCAAGAUAUCGGGGAAAAGAUUGAAGAGACAAUAGGAUUCGGAAAACCAACUGCAGAUGUUUCUGCAAUUCAUGUCCCCAAAAUCAACCUCAAACAAUGUGAUCUUAUUGUCGAUAUUCUUGUCACAAACCCUAACCCCAUUCCAAUCCCUUUGAUCGACAUCAACUACUUAAUCGAAAGUGAUGGAAGAAAACUAAUCUCUGGAUUAAUCCCUGAUGCUGGGACAAUCCGUGCACAUGGAUCAGAAACAGUCCAAAUCCCACUCUGUUUAAUCUACGAUGACAUCAAGAACACAUAUGAAGAAAUUCAACCUGGAAGCAUCAUACCUUACAAAAUCAAAGUUGACCUAAUCGUUGAUGUCCCUGUUUUCGGAAGAAUCACUAUUCCUCUUGAGAAAAAAGGGGAGAUCCCAAUACCUUAUAAACCCGAUGUUGAUAUUGAUAAAAUCAAAUUUGAGAAAUUCUCCUUUGAAGAAACUGUUGCUACUCUUCAUUUGAAGCUGGAAAACAAGAAUGACUUUGAUUUGGGUUUGAAUGCGCUUGAUUAUGAGGUGUGGUUGUGUGGUGAGAGCAUUGGAGGUGCUGAGCUGGCGAAAACUCAGAAGAUUGAAAAGAAUGGGAUUACUUAUCUUGAUGUUCCGAUUACUUUUAGGCCUAAAGAUUUGGGUUCUGCUAUUUGGGAUAUGAUUAGAGGAAAAGGGACUGGGUAUUCAAUGAAAGGGAACAUUGAUGUAAGUACACCUUUUGGUGAGAUGAAGCUGCCUAUAAAGAAAGAAGGUGGUACUACUCGGCUUAAGAAGAAGGGUGAUGAUGAUGAUGAUGAUGAGGAGUAGAGAAUCAGGAGCAUAAAGGGGUGGUAUCAUGAGUCAUGUUUAUCUGCAAUGUUUGUGUUAAUUAAUUAUAUCUGAAUCUAUUCAGCGGUUGUGUCUAAGAGAAUUUGAUAUGGAUAAUAUGUUGCAAACAUCAUAUUAUAGAGUUAAUAUAUUGUUACAGUUUGGAUCUACACGUGCUCUUAUUUGAUUACCGAAUAUGAUUG